AUUCCAUGAAGCAACUUGACAUAGUUCUGUAUAUAGAUUUACCAGUAAGCAAUUUUAAACUACAUCUAAACACAUAACCAUGAGGGCAUCAUUACUCUCGGGUCUUAGGUGACCAGACUUUUCACCCUCUUCGCCCCCUAUAGAGCAAUAAGCAUGACUAAAGACUAUUGUGAUAUUAGUCCCGCAGACUUCCCUCAGGUCUGGCAGAAGCCGCCCUUUGAGGAGUUGCUAGCCUGCCUGAAAGGACUUCAUGUUGAACCCCAAAUUUGGGGUCCGGGGGUGUCCAAGAAAGAACUCCGAGAGAGUCAAGAAAACACAGCUCGUGGACGCCGCGAAGUUACGGCAUAUCUUGCUAGUAUCAUCAGCAAUGCUCUUCAGUGGCUAGAGGAUGAUGACCAGAGGGAGAUAAUUUGGGAGGAGGCGAGUCGCUGCCUUUCACAGCGUUGUGGACGUGCAGGGAUGGGGGAGAUAACUAGACGAUGGCCGUUCCAGAACAGGCAGGCCAGUUUUGAAUUGAUCGUACGAGAGCCCCCCAUCACCGGCGAUUCCUUGGGCCACAAGACAUGGGGCUCGUCGUAUCUCAUGGCACAACUCCUGGACAAGUUCACUUCUGGAUGCCUGGCCCAUCUUCUAGGUCCGAUCCGCCGGGAGCCCUUGAAGAUUUUGGAGCUUGGCUCGGGCACAGGGCUCUUGGGGCUCGCUGCUGCUGCAACAUGGGAAGCUGAUGUCGUUCUCAGCGAUCUUCCUGAUAUCAUGCCAAACCUUGAGUACAAUAUUAAUCAAAACAGAGGUACGGUCGAACAGCUCGGUGGCAAUAUCAGCUCAGGUGUAUUGGUUUGGGGCUCUGAAAGUGGAAAUGACUCGAUGUUCUCUUUGAAGAACCAGUUCAAUAUAAUCCUCGCUGCGGAUGGCAUCUAUGACGAUGACCACCCAGACCUUCUAUCAUCGGCGAUCCGUGAGCAGUUGUCAGCUAGCUCAGCCUCAAGGGCCAUAGUCAUGGUGCCUAUAAGAGACGAAAUAACAAAGAAACUUAUUGCACAGUUUCGAUCAGCCAUGAGUAAUGGUGCCUCACCUUUGACAGUGCUAGAGGAGCAUUAUCUUAGUGGCCAGGACGACUGGGGAGACGAUGACGACGAGUCUCAAACGGUCGAGUGCUGGUGGGCAAUUUUUGGAAGGCAAACAACCUAAUAGUGCGCAGUACGAUACCUAGUAACAGAAUAUUAAAACUGCAAUCAAGCACAAGAAGAACCUUUUCAUUUUUAAUAGCAUGGUGAAUUCCCCGCAAGCCAACCGUUGCUACGAGCGCCACUCACACCAUGCCAC